AUACAUAUACAUAUUACCAAAAAUGCAGGAACCGAUAUCGACUCAAUUUGAAAUUGCUGAUCCUCCAAGAGACGGAAUCUCAAGUCUAGUGUUUAAUCCCCUGGACUCUAAUCAACUUCUUGUCUCUUCUUGGGAUUCUACAGUUCGCCUUUACGAUAUCGAACAGAACCGUCAGCUUUUACGUUUUGAUCACGAAGGAGCUGUCCUCGAUGUAUGCUUUGGCGAUGGACAAGUUGCCUACAGUGGUGGAAUUGCCAAAAAAUUAACAAUGCUUGAUCUGGCAACAAACACAACCAAAUUGUUGGGCUCACACGAAGAGGCUAUUCGAAGCAUCUGCUGGAAUACAGAAACACAGAAUGUUUACACUGGUUCAUGGGAUAAGACUUUGAAAGUUUGGGAUCCUCGUUUAGAAGAAAAAAAGGCCGAGAUCAAAAAAGUGAUUCUCCCACAGAAAGUGUUUAGCAUGGAUACAAAGAACAACAUUCUGGUCGUAGCCAUGGCCAAUAGACAGGUUCAUGUGUAUGAUGUACGCAACAUGGACGCCCCGCUUUAUACGAGAGAAACGUCUUUGAAAUACAUGCUCAAGUCAAUCAGGUGUAUGCCGAAUGGUGAAGGUUAUGCAUGCGCGUCUAUCGAAGGUCGCGUCGCCCUGGAGUUCUUUGACACGUCUGAGGAAUCACAGGCCAAGAAGUACGCGUUCAAAUCUCACCGACAGACCAUCAAUGAUACCGAGGUUGUCUAUCCUGUCAAUACUCUGGCAUUCCACCCUACCCAUGGCACAUUUGCAUCGGGUGGAUCUGACUGUGUUGUAAGCAUUUGGGAUGGUGUCCAUCGUAAGCGCAUUCGCCAGUUUCCUCGCUUCCCAGACGAGAUCUCCAGUCUGGCAUUUAGCCCUGACGGCAAGACACUUGCUAUUGCUAGUAGCUAUACUUAUGACGAAGGAGAAAGAGAUCAUUCUCCGGAUGCUAUCUAUAUUCGUACACUUUCCGAAACUGACUGCAGACCUCGAGCAGCGGUCAACAGCAGUAAUUAAUUAAUUAGACAACUGCAAAGAUUUAUGCUUUAUCUCUCUAUCUCUCUAUCUAUCCAUUCCACCCUUCCAAAUAUGCUUCUUUUGCUGCUUUUUUUAACCCAAAAAGAAAACAAAAAAAAACCAAGUAUAAAAAAGUAUGCCAUCUAUUUUAUUAUAUUAUAUUUUUCAAAAUAAAAAUAUAAGAAUAAGAAUUCAUUUAUUCUUAAGCAUU